CCCCAAUUUCCAAUUGUACAACUACAUAUAUAUAUUGAAGCAAGCUUAUUUGCCAGCAAGUCAACACUCAGUAUAGUCAAUUUCGAGCGAGUUGGUUUGUUGAAACUCGACUCAUCUCCGUCCAAUCUAUUAACGUUCAACUAUCUCACCUACUAUUCUGAAGUAUCUGUUGUUUAUUAUCCAUGUCUACGGAACCUGUACCAGCUUCUGCCGAGGAAACACAGGCUGCUGGAGAUGCUACGGCGAUACGUGAAGAAAAUGAAGAUGAAAAGCUGCAGGAUGCUCGCAAGCAAAUCGAGUUCUAUUUUGCAGACUCGAACCUGCCAUUCGAUAAGUUCAUGUGGAGUCUCCACACCGCAAAUGCAGAACACUGGGUACCCAUCAAAACCGUCUCUUCGUUCAAGCGUAUGCGAGACUAUGCGUCGAAGGGCCAUGACUGGAUAGUGAAGGCCUUACGGACAAGCGAGGAGCUGGAAGUGGAUGAAGCAGGGGAAAAUGCAAGGCGUCGCACUGAGGUACAACCACCGAAGGGUCAGUUUGAGAGAAGUGUCUACGCGAAAGGGUUUGGCGAUGAGACUUCCGAUCUGCAGAAGAAGUUGGAAAAGUUUUUCAACCAGUAUGGAGAAACGAAUGCUGUCAGGAUGCGUCGUAUAGACGGGAACAAGCAGUUCAAGGGGUCAGUCUUCGUCGAAUUUACAGAUAUGAAAUCCGCAGAGGCGUUCCUCAAUGCUGAUCCUAAACCAUCUUGGGAUGGCAAGGAGUUGUUGAUUAUGUCCAAGGAGGCCUACUGCGAUAUGAAAAUCAAAGAAAAAGGUCUUACCGGCAAGACUGCCGAGAUGCGCAAAGACAGCAUUGCAAGUCGGAAGGGGUUCAAUGCGUUCCAGGAGAUGCAGAACGAGAAGAAGGGGAAGGGUCAAAAUAGUAAAGACAAGCCCAACCCCGAAGUCUGGCUCGAGUUCAUGGGGCGUAAAAUUCGUGUGCAGGAGGAAGAUGGAGGCAGCGUGAAGAGCGAAGAUUUGCCAUAUAUCAAGGGCGCAACAAUGAAGUUCACGGGCUGUGGUGGUGAUGCUAACUUUACAGAGAUGAAGACUCCUUUGAGAGAGCGCUUUGCCCGGGUACCGUACAUCCAAUUCUCAAAGGGAGAUGACUUUGGUCUCGUUGGAUUCGACAAAGCCUUGACGGAAGAUGAGAUCGACUACGUGAAGACCAACCUAAAGACCGUGAAUUCAAAUGAAGUCCAGUGGUCUAUACCAGAAGAGGAAGAAGAAAAACAAUUCCAAAUUGAUCGUGCUAACUUUGCUGCGCGGUCAGCUCUCUCGCGUUCUCAGGACAAAGGCGGUUCAUCACGAGGUGGACGUGGGGGCGGACGUGGGGGUCGGGGACGGGGUGGCAGAGGUGGUGGCCGUGGUGGGAGAGGUGGAGGCCGUGGCGGAGGUCGCAACGGCGAGAAAAGCCAGCCCGCUGCAACAUCAGAGGAACAAAGCGGAGAAAAGCGCAAACGGGCUGUUGAGCCUGACGGCGGCCCUGAUUCUGGUAUUCGUGGUCAGGCUAUCCCCACGAUUGCACCAUCAAAAAAAGCAAAAACAGAUGCUGCAUAGUAUCUGUACCGAUAAGCUAUGUGUAUUAUAUGUGCAGUAUGUACAUUUGGGCAAUGCCAGUGCAUCUCGUCUCAGCGAAAGACAACGUCUGUUGUAACUUUCAAAACUCAUACUCCGAGUCAGAAU